UGGCCGUGGACACAAGGCUGCAUGUGGAGUGGAACGAGGUGAAGUCCCUGCGUGCACUGUCACCCGUGGGCAGCACCCGGACCUCGCUGGUUCACCGCCUGGCUCGCCACAGCUCGUUGGACAGCCAGGACUCUCUCGAGGUAAAUGUUGAAGACACUGUCGAAAUGUUACCCAAGUCCCGGCGAGCCCUCACCAUCCAGGAGAUCGCUGCCCUGGCCCGCUCCUCCCUGCACGGUAUCUCGCAGGUGGUGAAAGACCACGUGACGAAGCCGACGGCCAUGGCGCAGGGCCGUGUGGCACACCUCAUCGAGUGGAAGGGCUGGUGCAAGCCCGUGGACUCGCCUGUGGCUCUGGAGAGCGCCUUCAAUUCGUACUCGGACCUGAGUGAAGGGGAGCAGGAGGCCCGCUUUGCCGCAGGGGUAGCGGAGCAGUUCGCCAUCGCAGAGGCCAAGCUGCGGGCCUGGUCGUCUGUGGACGGGGACGAUUCCAACGACGAGUCCUAUGACGAGGACUUCGCCAUCAGCACCGACAGCGCCCAGCCAGCUGAUGCCGCGGGCCAGCUGCCGCCUGGCUCCCUUCUGAAGGACUUGCUUCACAGCCGCCUGGGCCAGCUGGGCGGGCGGCAGGGCUCCUGUGAGCCCGAGACCGACUCCUCUCAGACCAUCUCGCCCGAGACCUUGUGCUCGAGCCUCUGCAGCCUGGAGGACAGCCUCAUCCUCAAGGAGCUGGCCUCGCCGGCCGAGCUGGCCGCCAAGCUGCUGGGCGCCGUGGCCGGUGGCGACGAGCUGCUCUUUGCCAAGCUGCCCCCGCAGACUGGGCACAGUGCCUUCCGGAGCUUGGCGCAGCUGGACUGCCAGGACUCCAUGUACUCCAUGUCCUACACCGAGUCCUGCCUGUCCCCCACGGAGGACGAGGAGGUGGUGGGCAAGGACUCCCACACGCCGUGCCAGCUGCACGGGGACAGCUGUGGGGGGCGCCGGAAAGUCUCCGACGUGGCCUCCUCCGGGGUGGUGUCCCUGGACGAGGAGGAGGACGACGAGGCCGAGGCGCCGUGAGCGGCCCGGGGCGUGUGGCAUGCUGCAUUUCUCUCUCUCCUGCUCCGUGGCCCCCUCCCCGCCCUCCCCCCGUUCCCCAAGAGGACGAUGCCGGGGUCAAGCCUGGCGGUGAGGGGCAGGGGGGCAAGCCCUCUCCAUCACCCCCCACCCCCACCUCUGCGGGCUGGGGCGCGGGCUCGGGGCCUGGCACCGGCUGGGUUUGCUUGCUGUGUCUCUCUCUCUCAGUUUCUGUUGUCUGUUUUUUUGCAUGAGAGUGUUUCUGGGGAUUAAAUCAAACCGAAGCCAACCCCGGCACAGAGCCCGCUGGCCCCGCUGCUCUCUGGGCUGCUGCUCCGCCGGGUGCAAGGCCUGGCGCUGGCUGAGGAGGGUGGGGGGCAUGGCUGCUGCUGUUCCCAGCCACCUGGGUGGACCCCAGGCCUGGUGGGGCUAAGCCGGCUCUGAUCAGCCAGGGCUGGCACAGAUGGCUGAGGAUAGAGCAGGUUGGUGGAGGGGCAUGGUCCUUCCCCUUGGACAGCUGGCAUGUGCCUGUCGGGGGGGGGCUAAGAGAUGAGGCUUUGCUAUGAUGCUGUAGGGGUGUCUCUGGUUGCCAGCAUGGAGGGGAGCCGGGCGGGCACAGGGGGCUCUCACAGGUCGAUACCGCCCCUUGGACUCUCCUUCCGGGGGUGGGGGGAUGUUGUGGCUUCUGUAACCAGCCUUGCCGCCUCCUUCCUGGUCUGGGGGCCUUGGCUUGGCCUCGGCCUUCAAAUAUAAAUAUAACCUGUUGGACACUGCGGGCGUGAGGGCUGCGGUUCCUUCGGCCCAGAGAUGGGCGGUGGAGAUGGGUGCUCUCUCCGUGCCGCAGUCGGGGAGGACGAGCUGGGGGUCGCGUGGGCUCGUGCACAGACAGAGACGUGGGUGCACUCGCAUGGGACCCUGGUGUGCACAUGCACAUGUGGGAUGGUUCCCCUUCGGCCCCGGGCUGCCCCCUGCUCCCAGCCGCAGCUGCGCGGGGUGGGAUCCGGCUUCACCCUGGGCCCUGGGCGGGAGCAUGGCUGCGGGCUGGGGUGCGGGGUGGGCACCGUGGGGGCGGCAGUCUUGAGUGGUUCGGGUCAGGCUCCUGCUGAGAUGUGGUGUCAACCCAGGCCUAAUGCCCAGCCCCACCUGGGCCCCCUUGGCACCACGUCUGUGCCCUGUCCCACAGGCACACACCCUUGUGGCACAUGGUGUGGCCUGCCGGUGUCACACCAACACACUCAUCCCCCCACACAUACACGUAUCUCCCCACGUGCACAUGCCCCUCACACAUACACAUCUGUGUGCACACCCUACCUCACACACUCAAACCCUGCUCACACACACACACCUUUGCAGACUUCCCCCACUCAUCUCUCUCUUACACACACACACCCUUGCACACUCCCCCACACACACUCCUCACCUCCCUCUUACAUACACACACCCUUGCACACUCCCCCCACACACUCCUCACCCCUCUCUCACACACACACACACACACAUACACCCUGCUCCCCUCGCAUGCUCUCAUGUGAGAUACGGCAGUGCAUACAUACCCGUGCGCUUCCACGAGGCACGUGUGGGGGUGUGCUGGCACAUCCCCAGGGAUGGCACGUGCCCAUGUGCCUCGCAGGGAUGCUGCACACACAGGCAGGCAUGGCUCAGCAGAGGCCGUGAUCCCACAGCACACUCCAGCCCUUGCAAAGGUACAUGCCCACCUACACCCGCACCCACCCUGUCGCAUCACUUCCAGCCACCCAAGCCGGGGCAAGGGGCAGUGCAGCGCAAGCCCCUGCAGCUGUUGCUGCCCUCCUGGGGGAAUCCAACCUCUUGCUGUUCAGAGCCCUGCCCCAGGACUGUGAGGGCAGGACCAGGCCAGGGUCUUGGCCCCCUCCAGGGUCACCUGUGCCCCAGGGGCUAUUGCUGCCCCAGUGUCUUUGCCCCCUCAGGUGAGCGCUCCGUGCAGCCAUGGGGACCCUGUGCUAGAGCAGGGGGUGGCCUAGGGUCCUGGG